AGAUUGUUUGUUUGGCACCAAAGUAUUCUUUGAAGAACUUUAUACAGUAUUGGAGGAUGGCAGAAGCAGUGUUGAUUGAUCUGUUUGGCUUGGAAUUGAACCCUCAGGAAAACUGCAAUCAGACAUUAUUGAAGACCCUGAAUGCUGUCCGAUGCCACGACGCUGGCAGGGCCCAGUACUUUUGCAUAAUAUGUUGCAGUAACAUCAGCUGUGAAUGGGAUAGUGAACGUGAUAAUUGUGAAUUGGAAACAAGCAAUGAAUUUUCAGCCUUCCUGAGUGACUUCGAGAUUGUUAGUAAUCCGAGCAUGGCUGCCUCUUUGUAUAUGAUUAAGCAAAAAAUUGAUGAAAAAAAUUUGAGCAGCAUUAAGGUGAUUGUACCAGUACACAGGAAAAAGUUAAUGAAGGCUUUUAUUGACCAACUCUUCACUGAGGUUUACAGUUUUGAGUUUGAAGAUUUACAGGUAAAAAAUGGCCUUUUGAAGCAGUCCACUGAAAUAAACAUGAUCACAGCUCCUGAACUAGAAAAAAUCCAGGAUGAAAUAGAAACGUAUUUGAGAAGUCUGCCAGCACUGAAUGGAAAAUUAACUAUUAUUACAUCUCCUUUGAUCCCAGACAUUUUCAUACAUGGAUUUACUACAAGAACAGGUGGGAUAUCCUACAUACCAACUCUUAGCUCUUGCAAUCUCUUCAGUAGUUCCAAACGGAGAGAUCCCAAAACAGUUGUUCAAGAAAACCUGCGUAGGUUGGCGAAUACUGCAGGAUUUCAUGCCGAGAAAUUUUACCGAGUAAAGACUGAUCAUGGCAGUGAAGUCUGGAUCAUGGGAAAAAAGGAGCCUGAAUUUUAUGACGGAAUAACCACAAAUCAGAGAGGAGUCACAAUUGCAGCACUUGGUGCUGAUUGUAUACCUAUAGUUUUUGCAGAUCCUGUCAAAAAAGCAUGUGGGGUUGCUCAUUCUGGGUGGAAAGGUACUUUGUUAGGUGUGGCUAUGGCUACAGUAAACGCUAUGACAUCAGAAUAUGGCUGUAGUUUGGAAGACAUUAUUGUUGUCCUGGGACCUUCAGUAGGACCUUGCUGUUUUACUCUUCCCAGGGAAUCAGCAAGUGCAUUUCAUAAUCUUCAUCCUACAUGCGUACGACUGUUUGACUCACCACAUCCCUAUAUCGACAUCCGUAAAGCCACCAGGAUUCUUCUAGAACAAGGAGGAAUUCUUCCAGAGAAUAUUCAGGACCAGAACCAAGAUCUCAACCUCUGUACAUCCUGCCAUCCUGAAAAGUUUUUCUCCUGCGUCCGAGAUGGCCUUAACUUUGGUACACAGAUUGGCUUCAUAUCACUUAGAGAAUGAGAUACUUGACUGGAUUUUUACAUUUUUUCAUCCUCCUUCCAAACUGAUGGCAAGGGAAAAAGUUAACUGAUUUGUGUAAAACAUGGAGGAUUAUAAUGGACAAUUCAUCUUAGAUGUAUAUUUGCACUGUUAUUACCAAAUCCAAAUGGUGUUUAUUUAAUUCAAAUGAUAAUUGACUAAAAAUUGUGUGAUGUUUUAUAGAUGAAGACGAUUCAAAAAUGUUAUUCUCAGUAUUACAUAAAUCAGGAAUUUGUGUAAUAUCUAUUGGAUAUUUACUAUUUACCAGGUAUGAUAUUAAGCAUAAAUUAACCAAAAUUGCUAAGACUUUUUCCUUUUGAGUCCAAUGCACUGCAAGAAAUAAACUUUACAGCUAAAAUUUAAUUUUAAUGCAGUAGAAGAGUACAAAAAGAAGGUAGCUAAUUUUACUCAAAAGGCAGGAUAGAGAAGGUAUUACAGCAAAAGUGACACAUGGGCCCAGAGUAUGUAUAGGCGUUUAACAAAUGAAGAACAACCAUAGCAAUGAGGGAACAUCAUGAACCAGAGAAUGAAACUGGAAAUUUAUAUUAUGUCUUAGAGAUAGAACAGUGUGGGCAGAAUGAGACUGGAAAAACAGGUUAGAAAUAGAUUGAUAGGAAUCUCAAAUGCCAUGCAAAAGUUUGGAGUUUAUUUUUCAGGCAAUUAAUAGGCAUCAAACGCAGAGGAGCAUUUUUAUUUCCUUGUUAUCCUCUCUAGUAUGAUGGAUUUUUAUUGUGAGAGGCAGAAGCAGAGAGAUUACGUAAGACCAGUAAAAGAAUUUCAAAAAAGAAUGAAGUCCCAAUAAUGCAGUGGAAAAUAAAAAUGGAGAAUAGGCAAAUCACUGAUGAUUCCAAAAUUUCUGCUUAGGUAACUACCAAAGUACCAACUGAGUCAGGGAGGGAGUUUCAGACAGAGGAAAAAUAGUGAUUUUCACCUUACCACAGAAUAAAAUGCAUAUGGAUGGAAAUUUUUGGUCGUCAGUUAGAAAUAUAGAACUGGAAUUCAGGAGGGAAGUUGGGAAAAAGACAGAUUUGGUGGCUAAACACAGAUGAUACCUGAGUCUGUUGGAGUCUGUUGGGUCAAAUUAGAAUGUGCCAAAAGGAGUCCCAAGGGUGCGGCCUCAUACAGCGCCUGCACUGGAAAAGCAAGAAGCUGAAGCAGUAGAAAACAAAAAAUAAUAGUAUUCAGAAAUAAAAAACAAGAGAGCAUUGUCAUUUUGAAGAAUCCUGCAUAGGUGCGGGAGGUACUCAAAGAAGUCUUUAAGGAUAAAAUAAAACAAGAAUUGAGAACAAAUCAGCUGUUUUAUUUAUUAAAGCUGUCUUUCGCUAGCUGUCUGCAGUGAAGCUGACAGCCAGGUUUCAGAGCAUUGAGGAAGAAGAUGCACAGAUAUUGACUCUUAAUGACAGUUUUUACUUGAGAAAAUAAAGGGAUUUAAUUUUUUUGUACAGGUAAUUUCAAGUAUAUUUGUAGGUUAAAGAGAAAUGUUAAGCUACAUUUAACUUGGGGAAAAGGUGUAUAUUUUUAAAGUAAAUUGUUAUGUUGCAUCUUGAAAAGACUUUGUUAUGUUGUACCUAUAUUUCUUGUGUAUAUAUGGUAUAAUAACAGCAAAUAUUACUUUCUUGGUAUUUUCAAAGGAUUUAAAUGUGUAUUAUCUCAUUUACCUUCAUAGCUACUAUGAAAUACGUAGGUUAGGUGUUACCCUUUUUACUCAGAUGAGAAACAGUCUGAUAGAGGUGAAAUUCAAAGUCACACAAUUUGUGACAAGAUUGGAACAUAUAUUUUGUGAUUUAAAUCUCUCAGGUUUUACAGUUAAGACUACCUAAAUUUUAUUUCUAUUUUCAACUUUACAUUAAUAUUCUUGAUUCAUACAUCAUUUAAAAUUUUGUUCAAAUACUAGGAUACGUUAAAAAACAGGUUUGUAAACAUUAAAAUGUUUAAUGUAGUGAAAAGUGAAAGUUAAUAAGUCAGAAGUUUCAGUAUUGUAAUAUGUGCUAUGAGUUUGCCAAAGCUUGGUACCUUGUUUGGUUUAAUUCUUCUAUGCAUCUUCUAGCCCACUGUGAAAUUUAAAUGAAUAAAAUACCUCAUUUCUUCAAAUUUAGGGAUGACAGUAAACACAACACAGAAAUUUCAGACUCAUGGAAAAUAGUGUUUUGCUUAGUGGUAACAAUAAAGAUUAAGGAAUAAUUUCAUGUAUUGAGAAGACUUGAGUUUCUAAUUCACUGUAUUAUUCACUGUAUUAUUUUGUUGAAAGCUGUGAUUUACAGAGCAGUAGUCAGUCACAUUUUAUUCAGUAUACCAUAAUAUUUCAAAACUAAAUAAAAUUAUUUUUUAUUAUCUA